AUGGCUGCUCCAGACUCUGACUCCAAGCCCAGAUACCGUUCAGAUGACGGCCGUGAGCUUGAACUACUGAAGCAUAUCUUCUCUCUUCCUGAUCUCGAAAGACGCCUCCGCAACAAUCCGGCUGCCAUACUCGAUGAGAUUGACAAAUUCUCUACGACUAACUCUCAUCUUAUACAUGUCGGCCCUGAGAAAGGAGCGAUCGUCACCUCUCUCAUCGCUGACCGAAAACCUUCCGUGAUGGUUGAGCUCGGCGGCUACGUUGGGUAUUCUGCUAUUUUGUUCGGUGAUGCAGUCCGUCGUGCCGGAGGUGAAAAGUACAUUAGCUUGGAAUUGAAUCCAGUGAAUGCGGCUAUUGCAAGCCUGCUUAUCGACCUCGCCGGUCUGAGGGAUUUCAUAUCAAUUGUUAUCGCUCCCGCACACCUAUCUUUAGCCGGCUUGUUGGGAAAAGGUGUGCUGAAGGAUGGAAUAGAUGUGCUCUUCAUUGACCAUUGGAAGGAUCGAUAUCUGCCCGAUACCUGGCUAGUUGAGGCUUUGGGUCUCCUGAAGCCUGGAAAAUCCAUCAUAGUGGCUGAUAAUAUUCUCCGCAGAGGCCCAUCGGAGUUUGAUUAUAUACCAUGGGUGCAGGCCUCACCAGGAGAAAAACAGGCGAUUUUGGGGGCACAUACCUUCAAGACGCCUACGGGUAUCGACAUACGGAACAUUGUCAUCAAGGAUGGGGUCGAAGGUGCAGAAAGUGCGGGAAUAGAUCUCGAGCUUGUACCUGGAAAUCCAGAAUUGGUCUAUGAGCCAGUCACCAAGUAUCACACGGGACGAGAUGAUGCCAAGGGAAAGGACCUUGGUAUUCACAUUCUUACCGAUAACCAUUAAGGGUGUAGAGCAGGACAGAUCACCUGUGCGAUAACUUACAAGAAAGUCCCUGUGAUCAAAUACACAUCUUAUUCCAAUCGCACCCUAUGCCUGCGUGUACUUACUUAACUGAGAUAUCUACACCAUAUCUGACAAUGAAACAAACAUAGUGUUCCAAAGAGAGAACAUAGAUUCCGCGAGGCAUGCCCUGUUUCAUCGUUGAUAUUUGAAGCGUCUAAUAAUUGUAUGGUGGUUUUAGUCGUUUCAUUUUGGGGCGUGAGAUCUCCACUUGACCAACACUUGACUGUGGUUGAGAACUGCUUAAUUGGUAGGUGUCACAUUAAUAAUGAUGACCAGCAAAACGUUCUCAAGUUUCUCAAGCUUCUUAAGUUGGAGGCGUCAUAGCCGAUAUGCAGAUACACUUUCCAAUA